UUGCCUGGAAACAGCGGGAUUCCUCGCAGUUGCCCAGACUCAGGAGCUGGAGUAGACAGCGCGGACCAUGGCGGCGCGCCAGAGGGACAAAGUGGUCCAGGACGAGGUGCACCAGAACCAGAUCUUGCGGGAACUGUACCUCAAAGAGCUCCGGACGCAGAAGCUGUACACGCAGUACCACGUGAACCCUCUGCGCAAGGUUCACACCAUUACCAGAAAGCCCAUGUCUUGGCACGACAACCUGGAGGAGCCUGCGGACGCCAGGUUUCUGAAUCUCAUCCACCACGCUGCUCAGGGACCAAGGAAGAAAUAUCCUGAGACACAGACGGAAAGCCAGGAGAUUGGCUGGGACUCAGAGCCCUUGGUCGACCCAGAACGCCAUGACCGCAGGCUGAACCACUUCCGGGUGUACAAUGACAUCACUCUGUACAAGGCUAAGAUGUGGAGCUUGGGAGAAGAGGAUCACAGGAAGUAGCAUCCCUACGGUUCCAGCCAUGGAGUCUGUCUUCAUCCUGAACACCCCAGUGUGCACUGACCAAGGAAAUAAAUGUUUCUUUUGUUCAACAACAAAA